CUUCUCCCUCUCCACCCGAUCCCUCCAUAUUCUAUUGGCUUGACUGUUAUACGCUUUCCCUUGCUCAUCCUCAAUAAAAAAUGGCACACGCAGAUCACACCAGAGAUCCCUGUCCAUGGGUCAUUCUCAACGAUUUCGGUGGUGCGUUCUCAAUGGGGGCCGUUGGUGGUGGUAUCUGGUACAGCAUAAAAGGUGCUCGAAACUCACCUCGGGGUGAACGGUUCGUUGGUGCAAUAGCAUCAAUGAAAGCUCGAGCACCAGUGACAGGCGGAAACUUUGGCGUAUGGGGUGGGAUGUUUUCGACAUUUGACUGUGCUGUGAAAGGAGUUAGACAAAAAGAAGAUGCAUGGAAUGCCAUAAUAUCUGGUUUUAUGACUGGAGGGUGUCUUGCGGCACGCGGUGGCCCGAAAUCUGCGUUUGGAUCAGCGGUGGCUUGCGGGAUAUUACUGGGAGUGUUCGAGGGUGUCGGUGUUUUGAUGAGCAGAGUGUUCAGCGAAGGACAGCGACCACAAAUGGCUCCCUUACCAGCCCCCAUGCCCGCUCAGGCACAGACAUCACCCUCUAUCCCCGGAUUGCAGUAGACGUAUCCUUCAUGGACAUACUAUCUUACCCCGCCUUUGGUUAUAGACCACCCCACUUAAUUGGAUUGCUUUUAUAUAUGUAUAGGUAUUCUAUCCCAGCUCGACGUCAAUGUGAGUUCGGACUGUUGCGUGCUGCGUCGGCGCUAUUUCUCGUCCCGAAUCCCGUGGAUCGAAGCCUAAUGCUGCGCCAACUACCGGGAAAUGCUCAAGUCACGAUAUCUCACGCGAAUUAGGUUCAAGGAUUGCAGUCGAGAAUAAGC